AUGAGCUCGGUCCCACGAAGAGAACUUUCCGAGACCGUGACGACCCCCGUUGAGAUCCAGUACUGGUUGUUCAUGUGCAGUAGCACCGAGUGCACACAAGACUCUGACCCCGGACUUGGUCAAUGGACGGUUUCCACGGGCCUUUUGGGAGUGCCCCGCCGUGACGCCCGCCGUCUUGAGCCAGCAGAACGAGAAAGCUAG